AGAAUUGAAAUUGGCUUAUAAUUAGGGCUUAUACAGGGUUUUACACAACUCUACGCUCCCCGCACAUUUCCCGCCCAUUUUGUCCCCCAAUUCUCCAGUGUCUAUGAUUUCUUCUUUUCCUUAGGGUUUCAGUUCGUUGAGUACCAGAAAUUAACAAAUGGUGUCCCCUAAGCAACUCCUCUCUAUCAUUGAAUCCACUCUCCUCGGCGCUUCACCUCCAUCGCCAACCCAGCGGAUCGAGCUCAUUCACGCCCUUCGCAACGCUUUACCAUCUUUCCAGUCCCUUCUCUCUUAUCCGCCGCCGAAGCCUUCGGACCGAGCGCAGUUACAGUUUAGAGAAGUUAGACUUCCGGAUUCGCCACCAAUAUCCCUUGACGAUCAGGAUGUUCAGAUUGCAUCAAAAUUGAGUGAUGACCUGCAUCUCAAUGAAAUAGAUUGUGUUCGUUUGCUUGUUUCUGCGAAUCAAGAGUGGGGUUUUAUGGGACGAGGGCCAUUGGAAGUUCUACGCCUUGCAUCAGGACUCUGGUACACUGAGAGACGAGAUCUGAUAACUGCACUCUAUGUACUACUAAGGGCUGUUGUGCUUGAUCAGGGACUUGAAGAAGAUAUUGUGGCUGAAAUUCUAAACUUUCUUGAAAAUCUUAUCAAUGCUGGGCUUAGACAGCGGUUGAUUUUCCUUAUCAAGGAACUCAAUCGGGAAGAACCUGCUGGUUUAGGUGGGCCCCUCUGUGAGCGCUAUGUUCUUGAUUCUAGAGGUGCUCUUGUUGAGCGGAGAGCUGUGGUUUGUAGGGAAAGGCUAAUUCUGGGACAUUGUCUUGUCCUUUCUGUUUUAGUUGUGCGACCAAAUCAAAAAGAUGUAAAGGAUGCCUUCUCUGCUUUAAAAGACAGUGCUGCAGAACUUAAUGAGAGCAAUGACACCUUAAAGCAUCAGAUUACCUUUAGUCUUCUCUUCUCUCUUGUCAUCACUUUGAUAUCAGAUGCUCUCAGUGCAGUUCCUGAUAGAUUAUCUCUUCUGUCUUGUGAUGCUUCUUUUAGGAAAGAAUUUCAUGAAAUUUUGAUGGCUGCGGGAAGUGAUCCAAUUGUGGAGAGUUUUGUUGGCUGCGUAAGGCUAGCUUGGGUAGUACAUUUGAUGUUGACUAAUGAUGACAAUGCUGCAAGGGACACAGUUUCAAGUGUCUCAUCUAAUGACUUGGUUCCUAUAAGGUCUUCUCUGGAAACUGUUUUCUCAAAUAACAUUUUCCAGUUCUUUCUGGAUAAAGUUCUUCGAACUGCAGCCUAUCAGAAUGAUGAUGAAGACAUUGUCUAUAUGUAUAAUGCGUAUUUGCACAAGCUGAUUACUUGUUUCCUAUCUCAUCCACUUGCCAGGGACAAGGUUAAGGAAUCAAAGGAGAAAGCUAUGACUGUGCUUAAUUCAUAUCGAAUAGCUGGAUCACAUGAUGUUCAUGAUAGCAAUGUACUUUCUCAACAGGCUAUUGAAACAGGCGCCUUGCCAUUUGUCUCUCUCUUGGAAUUCGUUAGUGAAAUUUAUCAGAAGGAACCGGAGCUGGUUUCUGGGAAUGAUGUCCUGUGGACAUUUGUGAUUUUUGCUGGAGAGGAUCAUACAAAUUUUCAAACACUGGUGGCUUUCUUAAAAAUGCUGAGUACCUUGGCUUCAAGUCAAGAAGGUGCAUCAAAGGUUUAUGAAUUACUCCAGGGAAAGUCAUUCCGCUCUGUUGGGUGGAGAACUUUGUUUGAUUGCUUGUCAAUUUAUGAUGAAAAGUUCAAACAGUCCCUUCAAACUUCUGGGGCCAUGUUACCAGAGUUUCAGGAAGGGGAUGCAAAAGCACUUGUUGCAUAUUUGAAUGUCCUUCAGAAGGUUAUGGAAAAUGGAAAUCCUGUUGAAAGGAAGAACUGGUUUCUUGAUAUUGAACCACUAUUUAAGCUUCUUAGUUAUGAAAAUGUGCCUCCAUAUUUGAAGGGUGCUCUACGGAAUGCAAUAGCUGCGUUUGUACAUGUUUCUCCAGUUCAAAAGGAUGCUAUUUGGAGCUACCUUGAACGUUAUGAUCUACCUGUGGUCGUUGGAACGAAUGUCGGGAACUCUGCACAGCCAAUGCCUGGGCAGGUUUAUGAUAUGCAAUUUGAGCUGAAUGAAAUAGAAUCAAGGAGAGAGCAGUAUCCUUCAACGAUAUCUUUCCUUAAUCUCUUAAAUGUACUAAUCGCUGAAGAGAAAGAUGUGAGCGACAGAGGGCGUAGAUUUGUUGGCAUCUUCAGGUUCAUAUAUGAUCAUGUAUUUGGGCCAUUCCCGCAAAGAGCAUAUGCAGAUCCUUGUGAGAGAUGGCAACUGGUUGUUGCUUGUCUUAAGCAUUUUCAUAUGGUGCUGAACAUGUAUGACAUUCAAGAGGAGGAUAUUGAUAGUGUUGUUGAACAAUCGUCAGCUAUAAUGCAGCCAUCUUCGCUUCAGAUGCAGCUCCCUGUGUUAGAGUUGCUAAAAGAUUUCAUGAGUGGCAAAACUAUUUUCCGUAAUAUUAUGGGUAUUCUACAAACUGGAGUCAAUUCAGUAAUUACUGAACGGACUAAUCAAGCAUACGGGCCACUUUUAGAAAAGGCUGUGCAACUGUCUUUGGAAAUUAUUAUCCUUGUCUUUGAGAAGGAUUUACUUGUGUCCGAUUUCUGGCGUCCUUUAUACCAGCCUUUGGAUGUUAUACUCUCUCAAGAUCAUAAUCAAAUUGUAGCUUUGUUGGAGUAUGUAAGAUAUGGUUUUUCACCAAAAAUUCAGCAGUGCUCCAUCAAAAUCAUGAGUGUACUGAGUUCUCGCAUGGUUGGGCUAGUACAAUUACUGCUAAAAUACAAUGCAGCAAGCAGUUUGGUGGAGGAUUAUGCAGCCUGCCUUGAGUUAAGAUCUGAAGAGAGUCAAAUUGUAGAGAACAGUGGUGAGGAUCCAGGGGUUCUCAUAAUGCAGCUUCUCAUUGAUAACGUCAGUAGGCCGGCUCCAAAUAUUACACAUUUACUGCUCAAAUUUGAUCUUGAUACACCUAUUGAACGGACUCUCUUGCAGCCAAAGUUUCAUUACAGUUGCUUGAAGAUUAUCCUUGAAAUAUUGGACAAGCUUUCAAAACCAGAUGUGAAUGCAUUACUUCAUGAAUUUGGUUUUCAGCUGCUCUAUGACUUGUGCUUGGAUCCAUUAACAUGUGCUCCUACCAUGGAUAUGUUGAGUAAUAGAAAGUAUCAGUUUUUUGUUAAGCACCUUGAUACUGUCGGUGUAGCUUCACUCCCUAAACGAAAUAGUAACCAGGCGCUUCGCAUCAGUUCCCUCCAUCAGAGAGCAUGGCUACUAAAGCUUUUAGCGAUUGAACUGCAUGCUGGUUAUGGGAGUAGCUCUUCUCACCAAGAGACAUGCCAGAUCAUCCUUGCUCAUCUAUUUGGGCUGGACUUUAUUGAUGAUAAGGCUGAUCAUGCUAUCUCUUCCCCUUUCCCAAAUCCUAGUGGAACCAGAACCAUCAGUAAGAGCAAGGUUUUAGAGUUGCUUGAAGUUGUCCAAUUCAGAUCUCCAGAUACUGCUGUGAAGCUUUCACAGAUUGUUUCCAGUGCAAAAUAUGAUUCGCUGGCAGAAGACAUACUUGAGAAUCCAGCAACUUCGGAAAAGGGUGGUAUCUACUACUAUUCGGAGCGGGGCGAUCGUCUGAUUGACCUUGCUUCAUUCAGUGACAAAUUAUGGAAGAAAUUCAAUUCUGUUUAUCCCCAGUUGAGUAACUUUGGCAGUGAAGGAGAGCUAAAUGAUGUUAGGGAGACAAUUCAACAGUUGUUGAGAUGGGGAUGGAAGUACAACAAGAACCUGGAGGAACAAGCUGCCCAACUUCAUAUGUUAAUAGGAUGGUCUCAGAUUGUUGAGGUCUCUGUAUCUAGACGGAUAUCUUUGCUUGGAAGCAGAUCUGAAAUCUUAUAUCAAAUUCUUGAUUCAUCCCUUGGUGCUUCUGCUUCUCCGGACUGUUCAUUAAGGAUGGCAUUUAUAUCGUGCCAGGUUGCCCUUACAUGCAUGGCUAAACUCCGUGAUGAAAGGUUUUUAAGCCCAAGUGGAUUAAAUGCUGACAGUGUUACAUUUCUUGAUGUUAUCAUGGUGAAACAAUUGUCAAAUGGUGCUUGUCACUCUCUUUUGUUUAAGCUAAUCAUGUCAAUUUUGAGGCAUGAAUCGUCUGAAGCCUUGAGGAGACGCCAAUAUGCCUUGCUUCUUAGCUAUUUCCAGUAUUGUCAACACAUGCUUGCUCCAGAUGUUCCAACAACAGUUUUGCAGUUUUUGUUACUUGAUGAACAAGAUGGUGAAGAUCUGGAUCUCCAGAAGAUUGAUAAAGAACAAGCUGAACUAGCUCAUGCCAAUUUCUCUAUAUUAAGGAAAGAGGCUCAAGCCAUCUUGGAUUUGGUAAUAAAAGAUGCAACUCAAGGCAGUGAACCUGGGAAGACAAUCUCUCUCUAUGUUCUGGAUGCACUGAUUUGUAUUGAUCAUAACAAGUAUUUCUUAAGCCAACUUCAAAGUAGGGGUUUUUUAAGGUCCUGCUUAACAAAUAUCAGUAAUGUUUCCUAUCAGGAUGGCAGGCAUUCUUUAGACUUGUUGCAGCGAGCAUGUACUCUUGAGGCUGAACUUGCAUUGCUUUUGAGAAUCAGUCAGAAGUAUGGGAAAUCUGGUGCCCAGGUUCUAUUUUCAAUGGGAACUCUGGAGCAUAUUUCUUCAUGCAGAGCUGUAAAAUUGCAGGGAAGUUUAAGACGAGUUGACACAAAGCUCCGAAGGGAUUUAGCCAAGGACAUUGACAAGCAACGGAUGAUUGUAACUCCUAUGUUGAGAUUGGUGUUUUCUCUCACGUCAUUGGUUGAUACUUCUGAUUUUUUUGAGGUAAAGAAUAAAAUUGUUCGUGAAGUCAUUGAGUUUGUCAAAGGACAUCAAUUACUAUUUGAUCAAGUUCUUCAAGAAAAUGUUUUUGGGGGUGAUGAAUUGAUAAUGGAGCAGAUUAAUCUUGUUGUUGGUAUACUUACCAAGGUUUGGCCUUAUGAGGAAAAUGAUGAAUAUGGCUUUGUUCAAGGUCUGUUUGCUAUUAUGCAUGUGCUUUUCUCUAGUGAUCUGGAGAGUUCAAUGUACCCUCGAUCAGUUAGAGCUCCUGAGGAUCAGAGGAGGUCAGAGUUGAACACAUUUCGGUUAUGCUUCAGUCUAAGCUCCUAUUUAUAUUUUCUGGUGACAAAGAAAUCACUAAGGUUGCAGGUUUCAGAUGGUGCUGGUGAUUACAAUGCCCAUUCUGGACUGCAACAGCCCACAUUGAAUUCGCUUGGUUCUCUUCUUAAUUAUGUGACAACUGUUCUAGAAAGAGCCGCUGAAGAAAAAUCUUUACUGCUUAAUAAGAUUCGGGACAUAAAUGAACUAUCAAGACAGGAGGUAGACGAAGUUAUUAAUAUGUGCGUCCGACAAGAUUAUGCUUCAUCAUCUGAUGACAUACAGAAAAGGAGAUAUGUUGCAAUGGUGGAAAUGUGCCAGUUUGUUGGUAAUAGGGAUCAGCUAAUCACCUUAUUACUCCCUCUUGUGGAGCAUAUAUUGAAUAUCAUUCACAUCCAUUUUCAGGACAGUUCUGUUGUAUCUGAUAGCAGUGGAACUAUGAAAAUGAUAACAUACGGUGCCAAGUCUGACUUGGGACAGGACAUUAGUAUGUUCUGUGGAAAGUUAAUUCCAACCUUAGAACGGCUUGAAUUACUUAGUGAGGAUAAAGUUGGCCACAAUGUUAAGGUAUUCCGCAGAGUAGUUACUUCACUUAAGGAAAUCACCAUACAAAAGUUGACAUGAUGAAAGUAGCAAGCAAUGUAGAAUUUAUCAAGGGUAUGUAAUAAUCCUACCUCUAUAAUGUGAUCUGUAAUUUACUUUUUCAGUUUUAUAGAUUCAAUUUCCUGCAUUUUACAAGCAGGAUUUUUUUUUUUUAUUAAUCAUUUCUCUGCCAUCUCUUUGAUUUGGUCAUUGUAAUAUGGAUGGGAUGUGUAUGAUAGUGCACAUCUAUGAAUUUUUAAGAAAUUGUUGCACGUUGCAGAGCCAGAGGCAAAGAUGUAUUGAUAUUCAAUAUCUAUGUAGGCUUCAUGAUUUAAGAGUUACCUGAACCGUGAGAACAUUGAUGA